AGUUGGUGGAAGGGGAGGGACUGGAGGAGGAGAGAGGGGAGCCUUUCCCUUAACUCUUGCUGGAUCUCCCUGGCGUGCAGUGCAGUGGAUUCCCCAUCUGGACACUGGUGAGACGGGACUGGCUUGCCUGGCAGAUCCCACAUGGGUGCAGAGCCAUGACCAGAGCCACAGUCAAGAAGGCAGAGCCCAAUGGGGCACUUGCAGUUCCUGAAGAGACAGAAGAGGAGGAAAUGGAAGAGCGAGGCCAGUGGAGCAGCAAAGUGGAGUUUGUGCUGUCUGUAGCUGGAGAGAUCAUUGGUCUGGGUAAUGUGUGGAGGUUCCCAUACCUCUGCUACAAGAAUGGCGGUGGAGCAUUCCUCAUCCCCUACCUCAUCUUUCUCUUCACCUGUGGGAUCCCACUGUUCCUUCUGGAGACAGCACUGGGGCAGUACACCAGCCAAGGAGGGGUCACUGCCUGGAGGAAGAUCUGUCCCAUCUUUGAAGGAAUUGGAUAUUCCUCGCAAGUCAUUGAGACCUAUCUAAACAUCUACUAUAUCAUUAUACUGUCCUGGGCACUCUUCUACCUGUUCAGCUCAUUCACCACUGUACUACCAUGGGCCAGCUGCAAUAACCCUUGGAACUCAGAUCUCUGUGCGGACUUUCUGAAUACCUCCAACUGGGACAACAGAACUGUGCCUGCAAACACCACCUCUCCAGUGGUUGAGUUUUGGGAGAAGAGAGUCCUGGGAAUAACGGAUGGUAUUCACAAACUGGGCACUGUGCGCUGGGAGCUGGCUCUGUGUCUCCUGCUGGCGUGGAUCAUCUGCUACUUCUGCAUCUGGAAAGGUGUCAAGUCCACAGGAAAAGUCGUGUACUUCACUGCCACCUUCCCAUACGUGAUGCUGGUCAUCCUGCUGGUGCGAGGAGUCACACUGCCGGGUGCCGCUGAGGGGAUUGUCUUCUACCUGAAGCCAGAUGUCUCCAGGCUAGCAGACCCGCAGGUCUGGAUGGAUGCAGGCACACAGAUUCUCUUCUCAUACGCCAUAUGCCAGGGAUGCCUGACAGCUCUGGGCAGCUACAAUAAAUACACCAACAACUGCUACAGGGACUGCAUUAUGCUCUGCUUCCUGAACAGUGCCACCAGCUUUGUUGCUGGCUUUGCCAUUUUCUCUGUGCUGGGUUUCAUGGCUCGAAAGCAGGGUGUACCCAUUGCAGAAGUGGCUGAAUCAGGUCCUGGUCUGGCUUUCAUAGCAUACCCAACAGCAGUAACAAUGAUGCCUGUGUCUCAGCUUUGGUCCUGCCUCUUUUUCCUCAUGCUGAUCUUCUUGGGACUGGACAGCCAGUUUGUCUGUGUGGAAAGCAUGGUGACAGCUCUCAUUGACAUGUUCCCGGGAGUGUUUCGAAAGAAGGGACGUCGGGAGCUGCUGAUCCUGGCCAUUGCGGUGAUCUGCUACCUGCUGGGCUUACUGCUGGUCACUGAGGGUGGGAUGUACAUCUUCCAGCUCUUUGAUUACUAUGCUGCUAGUGGCACGUGCCUGCUAUUCCUGGCCAUUUUUGAAGUCAUCUGUGUAGGAUGGGUUUACGGUGCCAACCGCUUCUACGACAACAUUGAAGACAUGAUUGGUUAUCGGCCAUGGCCUUUGAUCAAGAUAUGCUGGCUGGUGUUCACCCCGGGUCUGUGCUUGGCUGUCUUCUUGUUCUCCCUAAUUAAGUACACACCCUUGAAGUACAACAAUUCUUACGUGUACCCACCCUGGGGCUACGUGCUGGGCUGGCUGAUGGCACUCUCCUCCAUGGUCUGCAUUCCUCUCUACAUCAUCUUCAUCCUCCUGAGGACCAAGGGAUCCCUGAAACAGCGGCUCGCACAGCUGAUUUCCCCAGCAGAGGAUCUGCCACAGCCCAGGAAGCACAUAGUGGCUCUGUCUGAACAGAAGCUCAAGGAGCAGUCCCUUCCUGUCCAGGAGAUGCUCAGCAUCACAGAGAGGGAAACUCAUUUCUAAGGCACUGAAGAUAUCAUUUUCGUACUCUGAGUUUAUUUGCUCUCUCCUUCCUGAAGUGGUUUCUUUUCCUGGACUCUUCCCUUCUCUCCUUCACAUGAGACACCCCUGACUCCUGCCGGCUGUCAGAGGGGUCCUCAGAACUGACACUGAUGGAGAGGGAAAGAUGCAAAAAAUGAAGUGCAAUAACAAAAAAAGAGCUGAAACUCCCCCCCUACCCCUCCCCAUCCCACACACACUCACAUAAAAAAAACCCAUCAGUUGUGUUGGGAGGAGGAAAGGAAACCACAGAAGUGAGAGAGAGCAGAGAAUAAAGGUGUGCAGUAGAAAAGUUAUGGAUGCAAAAACACAAAUUUGGGGUGUUAGCACAGGAAAUAAGCAAGUUGGUUCAGAAGUAAAUAAGAAGCAUGAGGAUGACAAAGGGAAAUGUACUGCUACAUCACCUCUAUCCAAGGGAGAGGGUGCGAAUAAGGUAUCACUGGCUGCAGUGUUAGUGGUGAUGGCUUCAGAACAGGAAGAGUUGACAGAGCACUGGGUGCAAACACAGUUAUUGAUGCUGGAUCUCACAGCAGGCUCUGGUAGAAAGGGGGUGAGGGCUGUCCCAGAGGUGUGCUCCCAGUCAGACACACGCUGUCCAGUGAACUUGUAUCCGAGAGUGAAACAGCUCAAUCUUUGGUGAUUCUCUCAGAGAAGUCAUGGAGUGAAGGCGAAGACCCAGAGCAGGUUGGUUAAAAUGAGCUGCAGCACAGCAAAGAGAAAUGGAACCCUGGAGACUGCACACCCACAAAUUGAACUGCACUGCUGGGGCAUUUUAUGGAGGAAUAAAUGAAGGAGUUGAUGGGUCUGUUUCUGUGCUGCAGAGUAGCUCUGGGGCAAGAGUGGGAGAAGGAUUGUGCUGCCUCUGCUCUGCCGCCAGUAACUGCUCAUGGGACAUGACAGGCACAAUCAGGCACAAUAAUCAUAAGCUCAGAAGUGAUAAAGGGAUAAUUAAUAGCUAAGAUGACUUCAUUGGCAGCAGACUGUGUCAAAUUAAAUAUUCCCUGUGCCAGGGUGGUCGUGACUGCAGUGCAAUGGCUGGGAGGGAUGUCAUGGGGAUGUGACGUUUGGAGCCACACAGCUCUGUCUUGCAGAGGCUGUUAUGUCACGUGUGACCCGAGCACUCAGUGACAAAGCCUACCUGAAUGCCUAUUGAGAUUUCACAAAAGCCAGCAGCAAUAUCUCCUCAGACCAUUUACCACGGUCCAGGGAACGCACACUGGCUUUGGGUCUGCCUUGCAAUAGUGCCAUAUCGCAGCACGCAGGAGACUUACCAUUAAAGAGAAUCACAGGUGCCACAGGCUCCUUUCCCUUGUUCCUCCUUCCAAGUAAUUGCUCAUCCCCGUGCUAUGUGGAGAUAAACUGCCAGAGCUGAAAGAAAGUGGGGAAAUCAGGUCUCAUCUGUGCAGUGCAGUACCUUUUCCAAUUGCUAUGGGAACCUUAUCUUUUGCAGUCUUAUGUGAGUUUAACUGGUGAAUUAGCAUAGGGGAAUUUUUUCCCCAUUUAAUUGCCUUUCCUCUAACAUCUAAAAAUUGUUGGUGAAAUGAAGGCUGAAAGUCAAACAUCAGAAUUUGUACCUCUCUGGGAUAUUUUCAUUUAAUUGGAGAUGAUUUGCUGUAGAAGGUAGAGACAGCUGGCAAGCCUUGUUAUUCUUCACUAUGAAGGAGUGCAGCACCACAGAAGGCAUCAUUUAUUUUAUUUUAUUUAUUAAGGAGCUAAACGUUGUGUUGCUGCAAUGGUCUUGAGAAGAGCUUAAAAUCCAGACUCUUGCAGCCUGCCACACAGUAAACAUUUUGGUAUUUUUCCCUUCCUGACUAGCAGUACUGCUCACAGUUUGUUGCGGUGAGCCAUCCUCUACAGCAGGUCCUUAUCUAUGCUAGGACAACAGCUCCUGGUGGGCAGCACUGCAAGGCCAAGGCAUGUGACAAUGCAGUGGUGGCACAGCCUGCUCGUCUGGUAAAGCCACCAGCCCCAGGUGUCCAUGAGUGCUUGCUUUCCAUCAGCCCCAAAGGAGAGCUGUACACAGGCAGACUGUUUUGGUGGCAGCCACCAUCAGAAUGGUGGCAUUGGUUUUGAGGAGGGAAUUUCCUUUCCCAGUCAACACAAGUUCAGUAGCAGGACUGUGUCAUGGCAUCCAGAUUCAGUUAACAAGGGUUUCUUGUGUGAACCUUGGUAGGAUGUUCAACCCCUUGGCUCCUUUUGCUGUGUCUCUAAGGUGUAAGACAGCAUCUUGCUGCCAGGGAAGUGGUGGAGGUGUGGCCACUCCUUUUCCUGAGGUAGUCUGAAGGCACUGCAGUAAUCCUAGAUAGAAACAAAUCACCUUGCACUUUUGAACACAGGUGUGGAGCUGUGUUACUGCAAAUAAACACGAUAUGAACUGGUUUAUCUGUUGCUUAUGUAUAAUCUGAUAGCAGUGUCCCAGACCUGUCAGAAAGCAGCAUAUUUUAACAGUCGGAGGAGGAAUUGCUGUCAUCACUGAAAGAAAUUACAGAAUUUCCAGGAUCAGGAAGCUCAUCCAGACACUCUGGAUGGGACUGAGAGAAUUGCAGGAAGCUUAAAGGAAAAAUCCUUGUCAUCUUGUGACCCAAGCACACCCAGCUGGGGUAGAAAGGGAAAAUACCACCAAUGAUUAUUUGCUGCUAUAAUCCCCCCUGCAUGCAGACUUAGAGAUCAACUAAUGAAUGAUUUGUGAUCACACAAACAUCUCAGGCAUUGCUGCACACACAAUAAGCAUCUGAGAAGUCUUUAUCAGCCUCUAGAAGAUGCCCACACUGUGGUCAGAGUUGGGUGUCUGUCUGAAGAAAAGCCACCACAGUCCAUAUGUACCAUCACAAGGGGUAGUAUGGAAAGAAGGAUUUUGUUUUCAUGUAGUUGUUGAUAAGACGUCAAAACAUAAUGUAUUUGAAGCUGAAAUCCAAGGGAAGUUACCAAAUGGUCAUUCUCGGCUGCUCCUCCCAGUCAGAGGAAGAGUACUGUACAGAAGUGAAGAAAGACAUCUAUAAAGCACCAAUUGCCAGGUUUUUUUACCUUUCUGGGGGGGAAGUUGUUUUACUUUUCAUUAAAAGUUCAUUCCCCCUGCCAACCCUCUCCAGCAAGGAAAACCAGGAAAAACAUUUUUUUUUUUUAAUAAAAGAAGACAAAAUGUCUUAAA